UCAAAUCAAACCUGCUUUCCGGCUUUUGAUAAUUGUUUAUUUACUUAUUUUACUGAUAAAAUUGCAGUGUGAAAACUUUAAAUCGAGUAAACAAUGGAUCCUUACGAAAUAGAGUUCAUUGGCGAGAACCGAAUAGUUAGUAUCAUACCGAAUUUCACUUACGACAAAAUCUACUUGAUUUGCGGCGAAUUUGGGCCUUUCCGGGCGGGUUUGCCGAUGAACGUGCCCCUGUGGCUAGCUGUGAUGCUCAAGCAGAAGCAGAAGUGUCGCAUGGUGCCUCCUGACUGGAUGGAUAUUGAAGUUUUAGAAGGAAUUAAAGAGGCGGAGAAAACCUCCAGGUUCUUCACAAAAAUGCCCAAUGAACACUACAUGGUAGAAGCCAAGCUCAUCCUCGGAACAGCCCCUGAAGACGUCCCCCGAGCCGCAGAGAUUAAAACUAUAAUCAAAGACAUUUGGGACAUCCGCAUGUCAAAGCUCCGAACUUCUAUGGAUGCUCUGAUGAAGGCGGGGGGGAGCUACGGUAGGCUGGACCAUUUGACCAUGAUGGAGAUCAACUCGGUGAAGCCGCUGCUGCCGGAGGCUAUGGAUGAGUUACAUAGGAUACAGAUGAUGACAUCGAAGAACAUUCCCUCGUCCAGCCUCAACACCAGCUCUUUUAGUCAGUCUGGGAACUCACAGCACUUAUAAUCUUAAGCUUUCCUAAACAAUUUCUAGAUAUAAGUAUAUUUCUAUG